GACUUCUGAUGGUGGAAAGACGGUUGGUACCAUUGAAGUCAAUCUUGUGAAGAUGGGAGAGCUAGAGGAUGGGGAAACAGACCACAUCACAUCAGACGCCCAGGAUCAAAAGUGUGCAUUGGUUCGUGAAUGUACAGCCACUGAAGGCAUAAGUGGUAAAGACAACUUGCCUUCGUUAAAUGCAGUGUUAAAAAACCCAAUUUGUAAGUUAUAUAGAUUCCCUACUUCUGACAACAAGUGGAUGCGGAUCCGGGAACAGAUGGCUGAGACCACCCUCUCCUUCCAUGUUCCUAAAGAACUGAUCAAUCUGCACAUAAAGGAGGAUAUGAGAAGGAAUCAGGAACUGAAAGACUUGGGAGAACUUGCUCCUCACUGGGACAAUAUGCGAAAAAGUGUUAUUGCUCACUGUGAUCAGAUGUUGAGCAUGUACCAGGACACUCUUGCAGAGCUUGGGAAGCAUACAGGUUCUUCCUUCAAAUCAAGCUGUAGCAAAGGAGAAAAAACAUUAGAAUUCAUUCCAAUAAAUCUUCAUCUGCAAAGAAUGCAUGUCCAUAGUCCUCGAUUGAAAGAUGCUCUGUAUGAUGUCAUCACCGUGGGAGCCCCGGCAGCCCAUUUCCAAGGAUUUAAGAAUGGUGGUCUCCGAAAACUGCUGAGUAAAUUUGAGGCAGAAAGACGAAAUACUGGAUACCAGUGUAUUUACUAUUCACCUGAAAACACAGCCAAGGCAAAAGAAGUUCUCAGCAACAUCAAUCAUCUACAACCUCUCAUAUCAAGCCAUGCAGACCUGCUGCUUAAUUCUGCAAGCCAGCAUUCUCCAGACAGCUUGAAGAAUUCUUUAAAGAUGCUUUCAGAAAAAACAGAGUUAUUUGUGCAUGCAUUUAAGGAUCAGCUGGUCAGAAGCGCCCUUUUAGCACUAUACACAGCCCGGCCUGGCUGUGUCCUCAAGAAACCAGCUGUGCCUAGAAACAGUGCAGAAGAGGGGGGUGAUUUACAGCAUCAGGAUCAUCCUUCUCAGAUAAAAAGACAGGACUCUAUACCCCAUCAUUCUGAGUAUGAUGAGGAAGAGUGG